AUGACCGAUACAUCACCUACAACCAGCAACACCACAGCAACAACCACCAGUGCUACAACCAGCAACACCACAGCAACAACCACCGCCACUGCUACAACCAGCAACACCACAGCAACAACCACCGCCACUGCUACAAGCAGAAACAUUAAUGCAACAACCACCGCCACUGCUACAAGCAGAAACAUAAAUGCAACAACCGCCACCAGUGCUACAACCAGCAAAACUACUGCAACAACCGCCACCAGAGCUACAACCAGAAACACUACAACAACAACCGCCACCAGUGCUACAACCAGCAACACUACUACAACAACCGCCACCAGUGCUACAACCAGCAACACUACUGCAACAACCACCGCCAGUGCUACAACCAGCAACAUUAAUGCAACAACCACCGCCAGUGCUACAACCAGCAACAUUAAUGCUACAACCGCCACCAGUGCUACAACCAGCAACAUUAAUGCAACAACCGCCACCAGUGCUACAACCAGCAACGCUACUGCAACAACCGCCGCCAGUGCUACAACCAGCAACAUUAAUGCAACAACCGCCACCAGUGCUACAACCAGCAACAUUAAUGCAACAACCGCCACCAGUGCUACAACCAGCAACGCUACUGCAACAACCGCCGCCAGUGCUACAACCAGCAACACUACUACAACAACCGCCACCAGUGCUACAACCAGCAACACUACUGCAACAACCACCGCCAGUGCUACAACCAGCAACAUUAAUGCAACAACCGCCACCAGUGCUACAACCAGCAACAUUAAUGCAACAACCGCCACCAGUGCUACAACCAGCAACGCUACUGCAACAACCGCCGCCAGUGCUACAACCAGCAACACUACCAUUACUGCAACCGAUGUUGCUAUGCCUACAUCUAGAAACACUACAAUGUAUUCUUCUUGCUUCACCUGA